AUGUUGAAUAUUGAACAUGGCCACAUAGGUCCCAACGUCGGCUAUUUUUAUUUCGGUAUAACGGUAGUUAUACUUAUUUUUACUAUUUUCUUUGUACCCGAAACAGCGCAGCUCCCCCUCGAGCAAAUCAACGACUUCUUCCUGUCUGGAGGCAAGGCGUGGAAGACAUCAACAAAGAGGAACAGGGCUAUUGCGCGAGCUAAUGAAUUCGACUCAUCCAAGUACGACACCGAGCAAGAAGGCGAGAAGGAUGGCACUGUCCGUCCUCAGCAGACCGAAAUUGAGGUCGUGGCGCGAUGGUGUUCAGCUGAACAUUUGUCGACUACAGAUCUUGCGUGA